ACCGUGGAAUACCAUAGAUUCAACAUCAGUUUCUUUUCUGUUCUUUUCUUCUUUUUUUCAUCUCUUACCCAGUAUUAUUCCUCUAUCAGGACUUUCAAGAUGUCUGUGACCAAUUUAAGGAAAUCCCUUUUGUUGAUCGGCCCUCAGAGAUCUCGAGUUACUGCCAAAGCCCUGAGUGAACUUCGGUCGACAAUCAUCAACACUCCCCGAUUGGCGUUCCUUCAAGCUGCGAUUAAUGAACUGCCGUCAGUAUGGCCAACAAUCAUUGAAGCCUAUCCAGCGCUCGAGAAAGUUCACGGUGACAAAACCCUUCAGACCCUGCAGCAGAUCUUCAAGGGCGGCGAGUUGGAGAAUCUAGACAUGUUUCCGGAGGGUAUGGGUAGUAUGCUAUUUGAUGUCAUUACCGUCCUUUAUCAUGUCGUCGACCUCUGGGAGCUUGUAACAGGGGAAGUUCAGAGCAGUAUACUGCCUAACACCUCAACGAAAUGUGACAGAACGUUAGGAGACGUUCAGGGGUUCUGCAUCGGAUUUUUGACCGCUGCGGCUGUUUCCGGUUCCAAGAACCUGGCCGAGUUAGAGAAGCACAUUGCAGUGGCCCUGAGACUUGCGGUUUGUGCCGGAGCUCUGGUGGAAUUAGACAGCCUUAAACUGGGUGCCUCUCAAAAUCGAGCAGUGUCGUUCUCAGUGAGUUGGAACUCCGAGGCGGAUCACCAGGAGUUUACGGGCAUUCUUAGCCUUUGGCCUGAUGCCUAUGUAUCUUGUUUGACUGAUACAAACCGUGUUACUGUGACUGUCCCCACGAGCGAAGCGAGUUCCCUGGAACAAAAACUAUCCGCCAUCGGCAUGUCGGUUCAGCCUAUCAGCCUCCAGGGACGAUAUCAUUUCGAGUCCGCCCACGGAGACGGAGUUCGCGCUUUGAAAGCGCUUUGUGAAGGAAAUCCCAGCUUUCAGCUUCCAAACUCUGCAGAGCUUCAGCUCCCACUGAGGUCCAAUGUUGAUGGUGGCCUCAUUUCCACUGGCACAUUGCAUGAUAUUGCCCUGGAGUCCAUUCUUUUACGCCAGUGCCAAUGGUACCAAACCGUCCAGGCGGCCAUUACUUCCUCGGCCAUCGCAGCAGAUGAUAUUCUUCCUGUAGGUCCCGAGGCCACAAUUCCCCGUUCAGUGGCCAAAUCUCCAUUGUCGAAAAGCAAACCCAACGGGGUUACAAAUGGUAUUGGACAUGAACUGAAGAAUGGGUCUGGGGCGGAAGAUGGAGUUAAUGCACUGGACAAUGCUGCGACUUUGCAGGAUACAUCUGCCGUUGCCGUGGUUGGUAUGGCCUGCCGAUACCCUAACGCAGACACCCUGGAGGAAUUCUGGAAAAUGAUCUGUGCAGGAGAGUCCGCUGUUCGGACGAUUCCUGAGGAUCGAUUUAAGCUCUCCGAAACUGCCCGUGAACCCAAGGGCACUUUCUGGGGCAACUUUCUCCGCAACCCAGACGUAUUCGACAAUCGAUUUUUCGGUAUCUCCGGCCGCGAGGCCAAGUACAUGGAUCCCCAACAGCGCCUGGUGCUUCAGGUGGCAUAUGAAGCGCUGGAAUCAGCCGGUUACUUUGGACUAAAGUCCUCCCCUGACAAAUCCUCGUUGGAUGUCGGAUGUUAUCUCGGUGUCGGCUCGGUUGACUAUGGCGAUAAUAUUGCAUCCCAUGAUGCCUCCGCUUUCUCCGCUCUCGGAAGCUUGCGAGCCUUUAUUAGUGGACGCGUGAGUCAUUAUUUUGGAUGGAGUGGACCAUCAAUCACCUACGAUACGGCCUGCUCUUCAGGUGCCGUUGCUAUUCAUGCGGCUGUUAAUGCAAUCAGAGCCCAAGAGUGCUCUAUGGCUCUUGCUGGUGGUGUUAAUGUGAUAACCAGCCCAGCCCUGUUCCAGAACCUAGCCGCUGCAUCAUUUUUGAGCCCGACAGGGGCCUCGAAAGCAUUUGAUGCCGGAGCCAAUGGUUACUGUCGUGGAGAGGGGGCUGGCUUGGUGCUCCUGAAGCCACUGGCAAGAGCACUUGCGGAUGGUGACUCUGUGCUUGCCGUUAUCACUGGUUCUGCCGUCAACCAAGGAGCCAAUUGCUCGCCGAUUACCGUCCCGGUAUCCGAGUCCCAAAGUGCCCUCUACCGCAAGGCCUUGGAUAUAUCUGGAAUUGAUCCUAAAGAAGUCAGUUUCGUAGAGGCACACGGUACAGGUACACCAGUCGGCGACCCAAUUGAGUGUGAGAGCAUCCGCCGUACUUUUGGAGGGCCGGACCGCACUAGCCAGCUAUAUAUUGGAUCUGUCAAGGAUAAUAUCGGACACACUGAAGCCGCUUCAGGGGCCGCUGCGCUUAUUAAAACGAUCAUGAUGAUGCAAAAGCGAGUCGUGCCCAAACAAGCCAACUUCACUCGCCUUAACCCGAAGAUCACCUCGCUGGAGGAAGACCGUGUAGCUGUUUCCCAGAAUACCCAGCCGUGGGACGUUGCCACACGUAUCGCAGUGGUUAACAACUACGGAGCGGCUGGAAGCAAUGCCGCGAUUGUGUUACGGGAGCCAGCCUCGGAGGAAAACAACGUGCCUGCCCAGGGCACCACUGCUCCCCAUCUUGUUGAAGCCGAAAUUCCCUUCUUUAUUUCCGCGAAAACUGCAGAAAGCCUGCAGGAGUACUGCAGGGUUCUGAAAGGCAGCUUGGCGAGUAUUGAAGACGCUCAACGAGCCAGAGCAACUUGGACUCUUGCGUACAACUUGGCCGUCAAACAGAAUCGGGAUUUUGACUAUAAUUACGCAUUCACUGCCUCAAACCUCGCUGAGGUUGCUACGAAGCUCGAUCAAGCUACGACCACCACGCUGAACAAGCUCCCCUCAACCAAGCGUUCCGUUGUCCUUUGCAUCGGUGGUCAAAACGGCCAAACUGUUCACUUGGAUGAGACUAUGCUUCGCAGUAGUAAGCUUUUAGAGAAACACCUGAAUGACUGUGACAGAACAUGCCACAGCCUGGGCCUACCCAGUUUGUUUCCCGCAAUUUUCAAGGGGGAACCUGUUGAUGAUCUAGUGAGCUUGCACUGCAUGCUCUUUUCACUACAGUAUGCCAGCGCCAAAUCAUGGCUCGAUUCCGGACUGCAGGUCGACACCAUAGUUGGCCAUAGUUUCGGCCAGCUCACGGCUUUGGCAGUUGCAGGCGCGCUCUCUCUUUCAGACGGCCUGCGUGUGAUCUCAGAACGUGCCCGCCUCAUUCAAUCAUCUUGGGGAAAUGAAGCUGGCGCCAUGCUGUCUGUGCAGGGCGAGAAGGGAAAACUUCAACACCUCAUGGACACGACCAAGUCAAAGUAUCCGGAAUUUACUGCAGACAUUGCCUGUUACAACGGGCCUAGUUCGGUUGUCUUAGCUGGAGACCGGGCAUCCCUCAAUGCAGUUGAGCAGGUGGCCGACCUGGAAGGACUGUCUGAUUCACUGAAGCUAACGCGACUACCCAAUACACAUGCCUUCCAUUCCAGUCUUAUGGAUGGUAUUCUUCCCGGUCUACGCGAAGUUGCAGCAACCCUUACUUUUAAGCGCCCCGCUAUUCAUAUCGAGGCUUGCUCUCAGGACCAGGAUUGGAACGAUUUAAUCACUGCGGACAUGCUUGUUCAGCACAGUCGAGACCCAGUUUAUUUUGACCUUGCGGUCAAAAGAAUUGCAGACCGGCUGGGAUCCUGCGUCUUUGUGGAGGCUGGAUCGGCAUCACCCAUUGUCCCUAUGGCACGGCGAGCUUUGAUGGAUAUGAAAAAUGAGGGUGAACAUACCUUUAUUCCCGUCGAUAUUGGACCCCCGAAUGCACUCAGCAAAUUCGCAGGAGCAACGUGCAAUCUGUGGAGUGCCGGGGUUAAAGCCCAGUACUGGCCUUUCCACCACAGCCAGAAAGCCCCAUCGACCUGGAUUAAUCUCCCACCUUAUCAAUUUGAGAACACUGCACAUUGGAUGCCGUAUAUUGAACGCAAUGUAACCAUUCCAGAGCCGACUCCAGUGGUUGUGAAGGCAGAGCCACUCCAGCUCCUUGAUCUGCUUGAACGCACGCAGCAGAGCAUUAAAUUCCGAGUGAAUUGCAUGCACGAAAUGUUCGAGCUUUGCACCACAGGCCAUGCAGUCCUGGGCCAAAGCCUGUGCCCCGCAUCCAUGUAUGUGGAAAUUGCAGUCCGGGCAGCCAAUGUACUCGCUUUCGGGAAGGGUUCUUCUAUCGCGCCGCGCGUUCGAGACCUGAAGAUAUCCUCUCCAUUAUCCAUCAAGACAGACCAGACUGUGCUCCUCCAGUUGGUACCCAUCACCACAGAACAGGAUACCUGGGAAUUUACCGUCAUGAGCCCCGGCCCUCUGGCGGGAGGACAUUUGACAAGACAUGCGACAGGAACUGUUUCUUUGAUCCAGUCGGAUAGAUAUUUCCAGGCCUCUAGAAUGCAAUUUCUUGAGCGCAUUAUUGGACAGAAUAAAUACGAGCAUCUGCUCAACACCCCUGGCUCCAACGCGCUCAACGGCAAGAUCGUGUACCAGGUCUUUGGCCAGGUCGUCGACUAUGCCCCUUAUUACCGAGGUGUGAAGGAGAUUGUGUCGCAGAACAACCAAGCUGUAGGAGUCGUGGCGCUUCCCAGCAACCAGAUAGCCGUGAUGAACGAGGCAAACUGUGACCCAAUAACGCUGGAUAACUUCCUUCAGGUUGCAGGAAUCCAUGUUAAUUGUCUGACUGAACGGAACGAGGAUGAAGUAUUCAUCUGCACUGAGCUUGGGGAACUAUUCCUGAGCGACAAGUUCCUGGCCAAACGACGCGAAAUUCAGACAUGGAAUGUCUAUUCAUCUUUUGAAAAGAGUUCCGGCAAGACUUUGGUUAACGAUAUCUUUGUUUUUGAUCCGCAAACCGGCGAUCUGCUCGUUGUUUUCCUCGGUGCUAUUUUCCAAGCGGUCCCUCUCAAGUCUCUCGCGAGGACUCUGGCAAAGCUGAACAGUUCCGCCAGCCCGGCAGACCCUGAAAGCCACCCCAGGACAGUUCUCCCGAAACCCAUUGACUCCGGACUUCAAUCUGGAUAUCCAGUGGCUAAGGAGGAAAGAAAGAUGCCGAUGAAUGGGGAGCCCGUGGGCAGGACCCCAGUCAACGCAGGGAUCCAGAACGCAGGCGAGGAGAUUCGUCAAUUGCUGAGCCGAGUUAUCGAAAUCCCCAUUGAGGACGUCCAGCCCAGCUCUAGUCUGGUGGAUCUCGGAGUCGAUUCCCUGAUGAGUACGGAUGUUCUCAAUGAGAUUAAGAGCCGGUUUAAUGUGACAAUUUCUGCUUCGGAGUUUCUCGAAAUCCCAGAUGUCCAGUCCCUCGCUCGCCGUCUGGGACCGGUUACGUCCAUGUCACAAGUCCAGCUCCCAUCUUCUCACCCGCAACAGGCUUCUGCUCCUGCUGCUGUUACUGCUGUCAGUGUGGCCCAGAAGAAUAUUCCCUCUGCAUUUAGCCAGGUGCAGCAGUUUUUGGGCGAUAUCUUGGGUGUUCCAAUGAGUGAAAUCGCCGCAACCACCCCCCUCGGCGAUCUGGGAGUCGACUCUCUCAUGGCCACGGAAGUUUUGACCGAGUUGAAGAAACAGUUUGGUGUUACAAUUCCGCUGGAUGAGUUCCAGGACAUUGAGGAUGUCGGUUCACUCGCUGGACGUCUUAAUUUGCAGCCUUCAGCGUCAUCCGCCCCCGCGAUAACCUCUCAGCAAUCGAAUGGGCAAGAUCCAAGCGACAGGUUUGACGACGUCGGCAGCAAGAGGCCAUUUGUAUCCCUCACACACGAAAGUUUUGUUCAAGUUCGUCGUGAAUUCGAUGAUAUCUCAAAGUUGACCAACCUCACCGGAUUUUAUGAGUCCGUUUAUCCUGCGCAAAUGGACCUUGUCGUUACAUACGUGGCGGAGGCCUUCCAAUCCUUUGGAUGCGCAUUGGCAAAUCUCGCGCCUGGCGAUAAGAUCCUUGAUAUCCAAGUGCUGAAGAAGCACCAGAAGGUGAAAAGCCAAAUCUAUCGCAUUCUGGAAGACGCACGCAUUAUUCAACAAGAUUCAACCGGACAAUUCGUGCGAACUAGCACUGCACUUCCACAGGGUCAAUCAGAACAGCUUCAUCAAGCGAUUAUCUCUCAAUACCCCCAACAUGCCUACGAACAUGAUCUUCUUGCAUCCACAGGAUCGAAACUUGCCGACUGUCUCACGGGGCGUACUGAUCCGUUAUCCAUCCUGUUUGGCAGUGCGCAGGCUCGGACGUUGAUGGAGAACGUGUAUACUCAUGCACCUAUGUUCAAGACAGGCACCAUCAACCUGGCGCACUACUUGGUGGACAUCUUCAAUAACUUCAAAGAACGCAGGCCCAUCCGCAUCUUGGAGCUGGGAGCUGGCACGGGUGGAACAACAAAACACCUCAUCGAAGAACUCACUGCUACCAAGCAAGAACUCGAAUACACCUUCACCGAUCUCUCACCGUCUUUAGUUGCAGCAGCCCGGAGGAAAUUUGCCAAGUAUCCUUUCAUGAAGUACACCGUGUUCAAUAUUGAGGAGGAGCCCGCCCCCCAGUUCCUUGCUCAGUAUGACAUCGUGAUUUCAACCAACUGCAUCCACGCUACUAAGGAUCUGACGCGUUCCUGCACAAAUAUUAACAAGGUUCUCCGUCCCAGCGGUAUUCUUUGCCUGGUCGAGCUCACCCGCAAUCUAUUCUGGUUCGAUCUGGUCUUUGGCCUGCUGGAAGGCUGGUGGCUGUUCGAAGAUGGUCGUCAGCACGCUCUGGCAAACGAAAACCUAUGGAGAAAGCAUCUUUCUCGCUCUGGAUUCCAUUGGAUGGACUGGACGGUGGGAGACUCAGAGGAGUCUAACCUACUCCGCGUCAUCACUGCCUCGCCGUCCGACUUGGCUCAAGUUGAGACUGUCGAGUUCAAAAGAGUUGGAGAUGUGGCGCUUCAGGCUGAUAUCUACUAUCCCCCGAAUACCAGCCAAGCUGUGCUUCCGGUAGCACUAAUGAUCCACGGAGGUGGCCAUGUUAUGCUCUCACGAAAAGAUAUCCGUCCCGCCCAAACUCAAACUCUCCUCGAUGCUGGCUUUCUCCCCGUCAGCAUCGAUUACCGACUGUGCCCGGAAAUGACCCUGGCCGAUGGCCCAAUGCGCGAUGUAUGCGAUGCGCUAUCAUGGUGUCGGACCGUCCUCCCGACCCUCACGCUCCAACGUCCCGAUAUUCGGGUUGAUGGCAGCCGUGUGGUGGCCGUAGGUUGGUCGACGGGCGGUCAUCUCGCCCUCACUCUUGGCUUCACCGCACCCCAAGCCGGAGUUCAAGCUCCCAACGCGAUCCUGGCAUUUUAUUGCCCUUCGGACUAUGAAGAUCCAUUUUGGAAGCAGCCAAAUCUUCCCUUCGGCCAAGGAGCCCAACUGUCCAACGGGAGCUCGCUACAAUAUAACCUCUUGGAGGGUGUGUAUGAUCACCCGAUCACCGCCUACAAUCCGCCAGCAGCGAAGCGAGCGAUGGGGGGCUGGAUGAAUCCUACUGAUCCCCGUUCGCGGAUCGCUCUUCAUAUGAACUGGAAGGGCCGCGCGCUUCACGUUCUCCUUAACGGCCUGUCUCCUCAAAAAUCGAAUGGGAUAUCCACUGACGACUACACCGAUGGACUUCCUGAGCCGAGCCUGGAACAAAUUCAGUCCGUGAGUCCAUUGGCUCACAUUCAACGCGGCGCAUACCAGGUGCCAACAUUUAUCAUCCACGGCACCAAUGACGAUCUGAUCCCUUGGCAGCAAGCAAAGCGAACAUACGAUGAGCUACGGAAACACGACGUUGUCGCCGAGAUUCGUAUCCUGGAAGGGGCCGUGCAUCUCUUCGAUUUGUACCGAUCAUAUGAAGUUGAUGAGAAUGCAAAGCGCGUAAUCAAGGAGGGCUACGAGUUCCUUUCUCGACAGGCGGCGGCCUAAACGUGCCGCGGACGAGGUAUAGAAGAGCAAACAAAUCACACUCGGAAAACGAUUCAUAAGUAAUAUAUAAUCAUAGCUAGUUCUCAAAUAGCCCUUAAUCAUAGACAGGGAGCUAG